CGCCACCGCGCGGACCCAACCCCUGGCCAGCCUUGGCCCCUCGCGCGCCGGGACAGGGCCACAAAUGACUGCACCUGGGCUUCGCCGGCCCAGGCGCCACGCGACUCUACACGCGCCCAAAGCGACCCUCUGCGCAAACUACCCCCGGGGACGACGUCACCCGCGCUAUGGAGUGUAAUCCAGGCACUUUAGAAGGCUGAGGCUGGAGGAUCGAUUGAGGCCAGGAGUUUGGGCCCACCGUGGGCAAAAUAGCAAGAUCUCAUUUCUGAAAAAAGAAUUAUCAUCCACUCACCCGGAACAGCUCUUCAAACUUAACAGCCGUGGCAGUCAGGGCUCUGCCUGCAGUUGUGACCAUGGACAGCUCUCCAAAGCUUAAACUUCCGUAAAUUGACUCAAGUUUCUUCAGAAAGAACUGUUACAUAAAGAAAGGAUGAUAUCUCUAAAGGUACAUGGAUUCAUCCAAAUUUGGAGCCAGAGGACUGGGAUGACUAAGGUGAAAGAAGCUCUCAUUGAAACAGUGCAAAGAAAAAAGGAAACUAAACUGGUGGUCACUUUCAAAUCUGGACAAUUUAUAAGAGUUUUUCAGCUGAGUAAUAACAUUAGAAGUGUGGUCCUUAGACAUUGUAAAAAUAGACAAAGUCACCUGCAUUUAACUUUGAAAAACAAUGUGUUCUUGUUUAUUGACAAAUUAUCCUACAGAGAUGCUAAACAGUUGAAUAUGUUCCUGGACAUAAUCCAGCAAAACAAAUGUCAGCAACCCAUGAAAUCUGAUGCUGAUUGGAGUGUGUUUGAAAGCAGGAAUAUGCUGAAGGAAAUUGACAAAACUUCAUUUUACAGCAUUUGUAACCAACCAAGUUAUCAGAAGAUGCCUUUGUUUAUGUCAAAAUCACCAACACAUGUGAAAAAGGGGUUAUUAGAAAAUCAAGGUGGGAAGGGGAAAAACACACUAUCAUCUGAUCUACAGACAAAUAAGGACAUUCUGAAGGAAUAUAACCCUGUACCAAACAAGACAUAUAAGACAGAUUCCUUGAAAUAUAUACAAAGCAAUGGGAAGAACCCAAGUUUAGAGGAUUUAGAAAAAGAUAGAGGUUUGAAACUUGGGCCUUCAUUCAAGACCAACUGUAAUGGAAAUCCUAACCUAGAUGAGACUGUUCUUGCACCUCAGACUCUCGAUGCCAAAAAUAGUUUGGCAUCUCCAUUGGAACCAGAGCACAGCCAGGAUGACCCAAGAUGCAACAAAGCCCAGGUGCCUCUUGACUCUCAUUCAGAGCAACUGCAGCAAGGGUUCCCCAAUUUGGGAAACACCUGUUACAUGAAUGCAAUUUUACAAUCGCUAUUUGCAAUUCCAUCUUUUGCUGAUGACCUACUCACUCAAGAUGUCCCAUGGGAAUAUAUUCCCUUUGAGGCUCUUAUUAUGACCUUGACCCAGCUGCUUGCUUUGAAAGAUUUCUGUAGUACAGCGAUCAAGAGAGAAUUACUUGGGAAUGUUAAAAAAGUCAUUUCAGCAGUUGCAGAAAUAUUUUCUGGCAACAUGCAGAAUGAUGCUCAUGAGUUUUUAGGUCAGUGUUUAGACCAGCUGAAAGAAGACAUGGGAAACUUAAAUGCCAUUUUGAAUACUGGGAAAGAAUGUGGAGAUGAAAAUUCAUCCCCACAAAUGCAUGUUGGUAGUGCUACCACCGAAGUGGUUGUUUGCCCUGUUGUUGCUAAUUUUGAGUUUGAAUUGCAGCUCUCCAUUAUUUGUAAAGCCUGUGGUCAUGCUGCUCUCAAGGUAGAACCUAAUAAUUAUCUCUCCAUCAACCUGCACCAAGAAGCAAAACCACUUCCUUUGUCCAUUCAGAAUUCUUUAGAUCUUUUCUUUAGAGAAGAAGAGCUUGAAUAUAACUGUGAGAUGUGUAAGCAGAAGAGUUGUGUUGCAAGGCAUACAUUUAGUAGGCUCUCCAGGGUCCUUAUCAUUCAUCUGAAACGCUAUAGCUUCAACAAUGCUGACUUGCUGGUGAAGAAUAACAAGCAAAUUUAUAUUCCCAGAUAUUUAAGUUUAUCUUCUUAUUGCAAUGAAAGCACCAAACCACCUCUUCCCUUGAGCAGUAGUGCACCUGUCGGGAAAUGUGAAGUCCUGGAAGUCUCUCAGGAGAUGGUUUCUGAGAUCACCAGCCCAUUGACACCAUCAGUGAAGCUGACCUCAGAAUCCAGUGAUUCCCGGGUUCUACCCAUUGAACCAGACAAGAAUGCCGACCUACAAAGAUUCCAGAGAGAUUGUGGAGAAGCAAGCCAAGAGCAGCAUCAGAGAGACCUGGAAAAUGGCUCUGCACUAGAGUCAGAAGUGGUCCACUUUAGAGAUAGGGCAAUCGGUGAAAAGGAGCUUCCAGUGGCUGACUCACUGAUGGACCAGGGAGACAUUUCUCUUCCUGUGAUCUAUGAAAAUGGAGGGAAGCCAAUCAGCAGCCCAGACACAAGGCUUGCCGAGGUUCAUCUUCAAGAGGUGCCUCAACAUCCAGAACUUCAGAAGUAUGAGAAAACCAAUACAUUCGUAGAGUUCAAUUUUGACAGUGUCACUGAGUCUACCAAUGGCUUUUAUGAGUGUAAAGAAAACAGGAUUCCAGAAGGAUCCCAAGGAAUGGCUGACCAGCUCCAGCAGUGUAUUGAGGAGAGCAUCAUAGAGGAAUUUCUUCAGCAGGCACCACCUCCAGGUGUUAGGAAGCUGGAUGCCCAGGAACAUACAGAGGAGACCCUCAAUCAGUCUACAGAAUUAAGACUUCAAAAGGCUGACCUGAAUCACCUUGGGGCACUGGGUUCUGAUAACCCAGGAAACAAAAACAUUUUAGAUACAGAGAACACAAGAGGUGAAGCCAAGGAACUCACAAGAAACGUGAAGAUGGGGAAUCCUCUCCAGGCCUACAGACUCAUCAGUGUUGUCAGCCAUAUUGGGAGCUCCCCAAAUUCAGGCCAUUACAUCAGCGAUGUGUAUGACUUUCAGAAGCAGGCCUGGUUCACAUACAACGAUCUACGUGUAUCAGAAAUCUCAGAGACCAAAAUGCAGGAGGCGAGGCUUCACUCUGGGUAUAUCUUCUUUUACAUGCACGAUGGGAUUUUUGAGGAGCUGUUUAGAAAAGCAGAGAACUUUCAGCUACUUAGCACACAGGCAGGGGUGAUCCCUCAGGGGGAAUAAGAAGAUGACUCUUUGUACAGACCUGCUUGACAGCCUCACUCAGCCUCACUUCAUCCUUGUAAAGAGAAUCCUGUACUUCACUCGGAAUGAAGGAACAAGUAUCUCAGGAUGAAAGCUCAAUGAAAAACACUUAUUUUGGGGGAAUAUCUAUUUUAACUGCUUCAGACACCUAGAUCCCAGAACUCAGGCGCAUAUGCAUAUUUUCCCUGCAAGAUUAGAAUGGUGCUCUUCACGUUUUGACAAACGUUUUCAAAAUGUUGUUCUUCAACCAGCAACAGCAGCAGCUAGGGACUGAUUAGAAAUGCAAAUUCUUGGGUCACCCUCCAGACCAACUGACUCAGAAACAGGAGGUGUGAACCAGCAAUCAGACGGAGAUUCUAGUGCUCGUGAAAGUUUGAAGAACACUGGCAAUGUGUGGAGUAUCUUGGUGUAUUUUUCUACUGUUGAUAUGGAUUGCUU